AUGGUGGUGGCGAGCGGGGAGCGGGGCUGGCGCUGCCCCGCGGGUGCGGGAACCGGCCCGGGCCCGGGUUCGCCUGGGGCCGACCCGGGCUUGGGUGGGGGGACCCUGGUCUGGGGGAAGGCGGGGGGUUCGGCCCGCGGUGCCCCCGCGUCCUGCCCUCCCGUGAAGCCUCUCUCGGCAAAAAGAUUUCGGUCCUUCGGCGUGGUGGGCCGCGGCUCGGGCUCGGUACAUGUUAAUGUCUUUGCGUCGGAAGAGAUGCGGGAGAACGACCGAGUCAGCGUUUGGCAUCUAAGAAAGAACGUCUACUGCUCACCUGCGGCCGGACUUCAGUACCCGGCGCUCAGGCUGGAGGAUGAAGUCUAUGACGAGGACGGGAACACCCUGCAGGACUUCGCCUAUGACCACGAACCCCUCGGGAUAGCGAAUCCGUCCUCCAUGAUAGGCGAGAUGUACACCUUGUAUUACCCACCGGAAAAGAGCCGCUACCGGAAACAAAUGGCUGUCAAGAAAUACUUAGCGGCCGUCCUGGGGAAAAGGUAUAAACAAAGAGUUAAAAACAAAGGACGCCGAGUAGCGUAUUUGUAG